GUGGGGAUGGUGCUCCUCUCGACGCAAGGUUAGGCACGUUUGAAAGAAUUUUUUUUUGAAGAAAUUUCACUUCAUGUGAAAUAAUGGCACCGUAAAGAGUUUUGAGGUGGUUUAAAAUGAGGGGAUUUAUUAGGACGUUUAUUAUUUUUUUAUUUAGUGUGGUGAUUUGUAAUUCACAAGUGCAGGAAAUUUUUAGGGAUAUUAGAAGACUCUUCAAUAUCGGCGAUGGUGUAAUUGAUGAUGCAGAAGACAUAAGUGCAGAAUACGACUUCAUUGUUAUAGGAGCAGGUUCUGGAGGAAGUGUGGUGGCAAACAGAUUAACAGAGAAUCCAAAAUGGACAGUCCUGCUAUUAGAAGCUGGAAGAGAUGAAAGUUUUAUAACAGACAUACCACUUUUGGCUGCUUUUCAGUCUACCACAGGUUACAACUGGGGUUAUAAAAGUGAAAAACUGAAAACAGCCUGUUUGGGACUCAUCGACGGAAGGUGCAACAUAGCUAGAGGAAAAGCACUAGGCGGAACUUCAGUAACAAAUUUUUUACUGUACACCCGUGGAAGCAGGUUAGAUUUCGACAUGUGGUCACGCAUGGGUAAUGAAGGAUGGAGUUAUGACGAAGUUUUGCCCUAUUUCAUUAAAUCAGAGAACUGCACUAGCUGUGGAGAAAUAGACAAACCUUUUCAUGGAACGGAUGGCUACUUAAAUAUUGAACACCCAGGAUAUGAAAGCCCAACCGUUAAACUGUUUCUAAAGACUGGUCUAGACCUGGGUUAUAAAAAUAACGAUCCAAAUGGAAAAAUUGGUUUGGGUUUUUCUAGGGUGCAGGCAACGAUGAAGAAUGGUGCUAGGUGUAGUGCAGCUAAAGCAUUCUUGAAACCUAUUAGAUAUAGACGCAACUUACACAUAUUAACUCAAUCAAGAGUUACUAAACUUCUUAUUAAUCCACAAACGAAGCAAACGUAUGGAGUAGAAUUUCUAAGAAACAGAAAAAAAUAUUCCAUUAGAGUAAAAAAAGAAGUUAUACUAAGCGCUGGUUCUGUGAAUAGCCCACAGAUUUUAAUGCUGUCAGGAGUUGGACCUCGAGAUGUUUUGGGAAAAGCUAAAAUUAAAAUUAUACAAGAUCUUAAGGUCGGAUAUAAUUUGCAAGAUCACAUGGCAAUGUCCACUCUUACGUUUUUGGUCAACGAAAGUGUAACAGUGUCUGACCGACAAAUGCAAAAUCCUGUUCACAUUUACAACUAUCUCGUAAGAGGCAAAGGUCCGUACACUAUUCCUGGUGGAGCAGAGGCUUUAGCUUUCAUAAAGACCAAAUACUCAACGAGCAGCGACGACUAUCCAGAUAUCGAGUUAGUGCUAGGAGCAGGUGCUCUUACGGGAGACACUUUUGGCAGCUUUCGGGGUUUACUAGGAAUUCCAGACUCACUCUAUCAGAGGGUUUACGAACCUUUAAGUAACAGAUCGGCAUUCGGCAUUGCCACCGUCUUGUUGAGGCCGAAGAGCAAGGGUAGAGUUCUAAUAAAGGAUUCAAAUCCAUUACACUGGCCUAUUAUAAGGCCGAAUUAUUUUGAAGAAGAAGAAGAUAUAGCGACAAUGGUCGAAGGAAUUAAGACGGCGAUUUCAAUAGCAGCAUCCAAACAUUUCCAAAAAUAUAAUACCACUCUAAACACAAUUCCCUUUCCGGGUUGCGAGAACAUAGUAUUUGGCACUGAUGAGUACUGGGCGUGUGCUAUUCGUCAUGUCGCCACCACUCUGGGACAUCAAGUGGGAACAUGUAAAAUGGGACCUGUUACUGAUCCUGAAGCUGUAGUUGAUCCUCAAUUAAGGGUAUACGGAAUUAAAGGUUUAAGGGUUGUUGAUGGAUCUAUAAUGCCAAAUAUUGUAGCUGGUCAUACGAAUGCUGUGAUAUUCAUGAUCGGGGAAAAAGCAUCCGAUCUUAUAAAAGUUACCUGGGGUAGCAGUUAAUGCCAAUAGUAAAUAUAAAUACCUAAUUCCUGUACAUAUACUUUAAUUUUGUAAAUAUACUUAGUAGCUAAAACUUUAAGCCAUAUUCUUUUUUUCAUAUUUUUUAAGAAGCAAACACAAUGAUGUAUUAUCUGUGUAUUACAGGAGGAAGUACUCGAUCUAUUAUUCCAGUGAUGAUAUUUCUGUAACUAAUUUUUUU